AUGGCCGCCGCUGGGAGGCGACUACACCUGCUCCUCGGGGCCCUGUGCCUGCUGAGGGCGACCUGCGACGCGAGGGACGUCCGCUACCCGGGGCCCUUCGCCGACGAGGGCGGCGAGAAGGACCUGCUGGCGCAGGGCUCGGAGCUGGUGGUGCUGCGGGACCUGGAGGCGGCGGCAACGCACCACGGCAAGGGCGGCGGCGGCGGCGGCGGCGGCAGCCACCACGAGGAGCACGAGUCGGGCGGCGGCCACCACCACCACGCCGACCACCACGACCACCACGGCCACAAGGGCCACAAGGGCCACAAGGGCCACCACCACCACGACCACGGCGAGCACGGCCACCACGAGAAGGAGCACGACGAGGGCUUCCACCACGAGAACGGCGGCCACCACAAGAAGCACCACGACGAGGCGGGCCACCACCACGAGCACCACAAGUCCGGCAAGGGCCACAAGGGCGGCAAGUUCGCCGAGAAGGGCGGCCACAAGAAGGGCCACAAGACGCACGGCUACCACAACAAGUACCACAAGGACGAGUUCACCAAGGAGCACAAGUUCUACGACGACUACCACAAGGGCGGGCACCACCACAAGCACGGCGACUUCCACGGCCACCACGAGAAGAAGCACGGCGGCCACAAGAAGGGCGGGCACCACGAGGCCGGCCACCACGACGAGCACCACGGCAAGAAGGGCCACCACGACAAGGGGCACCACGACCACGAGCACAAGGGCCACAAGGGCCACCACGGCCACGAGGAGCACCACGGCCACCACGAGGACUACAGCAAGAAGGGCGGCCACUCGGAGGGCAGCAAGCACGGCUACAAGAAGGGCCACGGCCACCACUGA